UCUCAACCCCACUUGGGACAGCUGCUCUGCUCUGCGUUGUGGUUUCAGAUGUGGGCGGCCUGUGUAAGCCCGCCCGUGGGAGGCUCACGUCACGGCUCGCUGCAGUUCUAUCUCGAAUCAGGCCGAAAGACUUUGCUGCAAAGACAGGAACGGUCACCUCCAGGCCUGGAGGGUUGGGGGCCCCUCAGACUUGCCAUGGGACCCAGCAGAUGCAUCUGGGAAGGAUGGGCCCUGGAGCGUGAGGCCCCGAUGCGAGAGCUGAGCACCUGGCUGCUGGUCUGCACCUGCGUCGUCAGUCGGGUCGGCUUGGGUGUCUCCGUCCAGGAGGAAGGAGGAGGGCCCGGGGCUGGAUCUUUCAUCUGCCUCAGUAACAACAUUGUGAGGAUUGACUGCCGCUGGUCUGCCCCAGAGCUGGGCCGUGGUCCCAGUCCCUGGCUCCUCUUUACCAGCAACGACGUGCUGGGCAGCAAGCACAGAUGUGUCUUCCGGGCCAGUGAGUGCACUGUGGUGCUGCCACCCCAGGAGGUGCUCGUGCCUUCCGACAACUUCACCGUCACUUUCCACCGUUACGUCUCUGGGAAGGAGCAGGUCAGCCUGGUGGACCCACACUACCUGCCCCGGAGACAUGUGAAGUUGGACCCUCCCUCUGGCUUACAGAGCAAUGUCAGCUCUGACUAUUGUGUCCUGACCUGGAGUGUCAGUCCUGCCUUGGAGCCCCUGACCUCCGUCCUCAGCUACGAGCUGGCCUUCAAGAAGCAGGAAGAGGCCUGGGAGCAGGCCCGGCACAGGGAUCACAUUGUCGGGGUGACCCGGCUCACCCUCGAAGCUGUUGAACUGGACCCCGGUUCCCACUAUGAGGCCCGGCUGCGGGUCCAGAUGGCCACCCCGGAGGAUGACAUGAUGGAGGAGCUGCGCUAUGAGGGCCAGUGGAGCGAAUGGAGCCAGUCUGCCUGCUUCCCCUCUCCCCAGAGCCCUGCCCGAGGCUCCCUGUUCUCACCUCGGGGGCAGCCCAACAGCCGCAUCCUUGUGGCUGUGCCCGUCUUUCUGCUGCUGACCAGCCUGACCUACCUCGUGUUCAAGCUUUUGCCCAGGGUGAAGAGAAGCUUCUCCCAGAACGUGCCCUCUCCAGUGGCGUUCUUCCAGUCCCUCUACAGUGUGCACAACGGGGACUUCCAGACCUGGAUAGGGGCCCACAGAACCGGUCUGCUGCCGAGCCAGGACUGCGCCGGUUCCCCACGAGGAGCCUCGGAGUCUAGUGUCCGGGAGGCCAUUGAGUGGCUGACCUAUGACCCAGUGGAUCCCUGGCAGUCAGUGGUCCUGGAGGAAGAGCGAGAGGGCCCUGGCACUGGCCUCCCAGAAGCUGUGCUGCUAGGGGGACAUGUGGUCCAGGGAGGGCAGCCACCUGCCUACCUGCCACAGGAGGACUGGGUCCCCAAGAGCCCCACCAGGCCAGCUCACCCAUGCUCAGAUUGCAGCAGUGGUGACUACUGGGCCCUGGGCUGCCCCGGGGGGUGGCACCCCUCCACCUUCCCAGGAAACACACGGAGUUCUGGGCCCAGCCCAGCUUUGGCCUGUGACCUUUCUUGGGACCAGCAGAGCCUGGAUGCCUGGCAAGGAAAUGACCCCAUGGAAGGCCCUUUGGGGCACAUUGUGACUGUUGUCAUGGUUUCAACACAGACUUACUAUGUGAAAAAUUUAGCAACAGCCCCUUACAUCUCUGAAGACAUCUAA